AUGUCAGUGUCGUCGUGCGAUGUGCCGCUGGGGCUGAUUGUGAAUGCCAAGCAGACGUACUACCCGAUCGAGCUGUCCAAUGCGGAGCUACUGGCGCACUACGAGACGAUCCAGGACUACCACCAAGAGAUCUCGGAGAACGUGCUACAACACUCGUGCCGGGUCAAGCCGGACCCGAAGCUGAUCGACCAGCAGCCGGAGAUGAACCCCCAGCACACGCGGACUGCGAUCGUGAACUUUGCGUUCGAGCUGGCGCAGAAGACGCGGGUGACGAACGGGAUCUUUUUCCACGCGGUGCGGUUGUACGACCGUUACUGCUCGAAGCGCGUGGUGCUACGGGACCAGGCGAAGCUGGUGAUUGCGACCUGCCUGUGGCUGGCGGCGAAGACGUGGGGGGGGUGCAACCACAUCAUCAACAACGUGACGGUGCCUACGGGUGGGCGCUUCUACGGGCCCAACCCGCGGGCGCGCAUCCCGCGUCUGUCCGAGCUGGUGCACUACUGCGGGGGGUCGAACGUGUUUGACGAGUCGAUGUUCACGCAGAUGGAGCGCCACAUCCUGGACACGCUGAGCUGGGACGUGUACGAGCCGAUGGUGAACGACUACGUGCUCAACGUGGACGAGAACUGUUUGAUACAGUACGAGCUAUACAAAAGGCAGCUGGAGCACAAUCGGCAGUACGCCAACAAGCGCAACUCGCAGGACAGCAACGCGACCGAGGAGGACGUGUCCGAGGAGGACGAGGACCUGGAUAACAAGAUCCAGUUAAUCAACAUCAAGAAGUUUCUGAUAGACCUGGCCGUCUGGCAGUACGACCUCUUGAAGUAUGAGGUAUUCGAGCUAGCACACGGCAUAUUCUCUAUCAUCAAUAAGUUCACAAACCAGGACUUGGGGCCGCUGCUACUCUCUCCGAUCCCAUCGACCAACAACGAGUCGCUGGUGCUAAACGUUUUCAUCAACGGCGUCAUAAAGUGCCCGGCAGCUUUGCUGGAGUCCUACCACGAGAAGUUCGGUGUUCUACAAUUUGUUGACCAAGUAAAAGAAUACCACGAAUCGCUACAGAAGAAGCUCCAGCUGGCGGCAGCCAUGGACCUUUCGCGGCGCAACAACGCCAAGUUCUACGAGGCGCCCUCCAUGCCCUCUCCCACAUAUUCGCAGCACUCCAGCUACACCCCUCUGCGGAACACGAGUAACUCGGAAAGCAGCGUCUUCAGCUCCGUCUCCAACCAGCAGUCUCCCAUCACCCCCCAGAUGUACUCCUUCAGCGUCCAGAAGCCAGGCAGCGCCUGCGGAAGCUCAGUGAGCGUCAAUAGCAUAUCUCAGAAGCGCAACCGCGACGAGGAGACCAACUACAGUAUCAUGGGUAACGACAAAGAGAACUACGACCCCACCAGUACCUACACCGUGCCCCCGCGCGCCAAGUUCGCUGGCCACACAUACAUCUUCACGGGCGCCGCUAAGGAAGAACAGACCAGCAGCACAAGUAAUAGAUCAUCCUUGAUAUCACUGGCAAUUGGGAAUGCGAACUCAUUGGUAUAA